AGGUUAAACUCAGGGCAAAAAUAGGAAAAGCUGUUGUCACGGCAACGUUGUGUAUAAAUGGAGCGCAUGUCAAGUGAGUGCAAAAGUAAUUCGAAGGUCUUGAGCUGUUUACAUGCGACAGACUUCAGCUAAUAACUGGCUUUUGUCGAAUAAGAAUGAUGGUUAACAACCUGUCCACACUGGAAUACAAUGGUGAAAGGAAACUAGCUAGUUACAGGUGCUAGUUUGGUUGCUAACUUAAUUCGUGCGGAAACAAGUCGCCGCUACCUUGCUAGCAAAAAUAGGUUCGAAUGGUUCGUUAGCCGAAUGAACCAAAGCGAUGUCAAGUAAGAAUCUUCCACCGGUGCGCCAUUUGCCACAAUGGAGCCGAGUUGGGCGUCUCGGGAAGCCUUGUUCUCCACGACGUUUACCGGAGAACCAGCUGCAGCCGCUGCCUGCUGUCCCUACAGCGGACAGAGGAGUGGUGAGAGCAGCAGAGGUGUCCUGUCACGGACAAACGGACCCCCGCAUCGCCUCAUUGCAGAGGAAUAUCCAGUUCCUGCAGCAGCAACACAAGGACACUCUUGAAAAGCUCCAUGCAGAAAUAGAGUAUCUCAGGCGGGAGAAUAAAGAGUUGCAGUAUAAGCUGAUAAUGGAGACUCCCAAGUCAAGUAGAAAAGGACUGACACACAGUCGACCAGGUGUUAGACCACCCACUCAGGGAAGUGAAGACCGUGCAGGAAUCUACCUGGAGGAACAGCUGCAGGACACGCGACCAAUACAGGACCAGGCGCUGAGCAUUGGAGAGUGCAGCGAAACUCUUGGAUCUUCCAGACAGGACCAUGGCCCAGAACCAAAGGGGGGUCUCAUCACCUCAUUACAGCCUCUACGAAUUCACAGCAGUCCGUUCCAUCCACCGCGCGCUCCCACGCUACAGGAAUGUGAGGUCAUCAUCCGACAGCUCUACAAUGCUAACAGUUUGCAGUCUCAGGAAAUUAUACGUGUUAAGGCAUUGCUGAGAGAUAUUGUGCUGAGCAAGAAAAUCACCCCAGAAAACUACAUUCUGACCAAGGCCUACCUUGUUGAUGGUACCCGCAAAUCUUCAGAAGAAAAGAAAUUUCCAAAACUUGGUCUGCAAGCACUCCCAGAAAAAACACCUGGACCCUCUCAGUCUGGGGUGAUCUUUCCAGCACUGAAACAGAGCCUUGGUUCCACCAUUGCAGAGAGACAGAGGAGGACUCGCGCUGUGCAGAAAGACCGUUUCAAAAGGACGGUGCGGUGACAGGAUCAAAACUACCACAGUGUCAGCUACUGUACAUCCACCUCAGGACUGGUGCUUUUUCACAGGUUCUUCUGAAAAACCUUAGUCACAAAUGAAUAUAGAUUCUCAGUAAUGGAUAUUCAUUUGAAGUCUUGGGAAGAUCUUUGAUAGGGAAAUGUACUCAAAGGGCUGUAACAAAUCAUAUUUAUUGAAAGAUAUAAAACAAAGAUGAAAGUGCGUAGACUUUUCAGAAGUUUUCAAUUUUCCACACAAAGAGAAGAGGAAAGAACAGAGUUACGUGUCUCAAAUCUUGCCCGGGAAUGGUAAAAAAUAUUUUAUUUUAUUUUUUUUACCGAAGUUGGACAGUUGGACACUGUUGCAUCUCCAAGUUUAUACUUGGUGCUCAUUCUUACCAAGAAACUACCAGGAUUAUUUCUCAGGCACUUUUCGCAACAGGAACAGUCUCAUGCUUUAACUGGCUGUGUCAUAAGCCACACACCUACAACUCAGCAGGAUUAACACAGAAAAUCUAAUAAAUUGCCUAAACACAAAAUUG